AUGAUUCUUCUACAACAAGCAGGACUUCUUCCUCAUCCUGAGAAGCCUUCAUCUCUUCCUAUGUCAGUGGCUACAAGGCCAAGACCCAGCUCACCACUGUCCCCACCAAAAUCUCUCGGACUGGGGCCAUCCUUUCAUCACACACAAGAAGAAGAGCUUGCAAAGGUGGUGGAGCAGGACCCUAUGCUGGAAGAACUAUGUAAGCCUCUGUGCUGUAAGCUUUGCAAUGUCACUCUGAAUUCAGCACAACAAGCCCAGGCUCAUUACCAGGGUAAAAACCACAGUAAGAAACUCCGAAAUUACUAUGCUGCCAAUAGCUGUCCGGCACCUGCCAGAAUGAGUAAUUCGGUUGAGGCUGCCCCACCUCAGGUUGUCUCCCUUCCAGCUCAGAUGGGAUCCAGUAAGCCAGGUGGCCGAGUGAUCUUGGCCACAGAGAAUGAUUACUGCAAGCUUUGUGAUGCCUCAUUUAGUUCUCCGGCUGUGGCGCAGGCUCACUACCAAGGGAAAAACCAUGCCAAACGGCUGCGUCUUGCAGAAGCACAGAAUAACUCAUUCUCGGAUGCAUCAGAACUAGGCAAACGGAGGGCAAGGAAAGAAGGGAAUGACUAUAAAAUGAUGCAGAACAGAAGAAAUAUGUAUACAGUUCAAAACAACACAGCUGGUCCCUACUUCAAUCCCCGCUCACGCCAGAGGAUUCCUCGGGAUCUGGCCAUGUGCGUCACCCCCAGUGGCCAGUUCUACUGCUCCAUGUGCAACACCGGGGCCAGCGAGGAGAUGGAGUUCAGGCAGCACUUAGAAAGCAAGCAGCAUAAAAGCAAGGUGUCCGAACAGCGGUAUAGGAAUGAGAUGGAGAACCUAGGCUAUGUACAAUGAUGCGCCACCCUUGGUAGUAGUUUGCAAAUAGAGCAGCUUGUCUCUCGCCUGCUGUUUGCCACAUGCCCUGCUUUGUGCUCCAUUUGAUAGGAGUAUGCUCUCGAGCUAUACAUGUAACACCUGCAAACUUAAUGGUAUGGUUAGAUUUUUUUUCUAUCAUAGUUGGCAGGAUGACGCUGUGCAGGACAUGAAGUGUUUUUGAUGUUUGUUUGCUAAUUAUCUAAGGCUCUUCAUUGUAUUGAGUGGUGGGGAGGACUUUAUGUCUUCUCCCCAGCCUUCUGCAUGAAUAUGCAAAG